GAAGGCUCGGCGCUCGGCUGGCCAGGCGGCGUCACUUCCGGCCGGGCGUCAGGGGGCCGCCGAGCGGGGGAGGCCGUUGCGCGGGGAUGGCCGCCAACCAACCGCCGCCGCCGAAGCCCUGGGAGAACCGGCGACUAGCGGCCGAUGUGGGGGCCAGCCCACUGAGUAGGCCGGGGCAACCCACGCUGACUCGGGUGCCCCCUCCGGUAAUGCCAAGACCAUCACAGCAGACCAGUGGCACCGCCCUGAACACCUUCCGGCCUGCCUACAGCAGCUCUUUUUCAUCAAGCUAUGGCGGCUAUGGAACCGGCAUGUUUGGGAAUUCCUUUUACGGGAGCUACAGCCCUUACAGUUACGGCUAUGGCGGCCUGGGUUACAACCGGUUUCGGAUGGAUGACGUUCCUCCCAGCCGAUUUGUCCAGCAAGCUGAGGAAAGCAGCCGGGGGGCCUUCCAGUCCAUCGAAAGCAUCGUGCACGCCUUCGCCUCCGUGAGCAUGAUGAUGGACGCCACCUUUUCGGCCGUCUACAACAGCUUCCGAGCCGUUUUGGAUGUCGCCAAUCACUUCUCCCGGCUGAAAAUCCACUUCGCCAAGGUGUUCUCGGCCUUUGCUUUAGUCAGAACUAUAAGGUACCUCUACAAGCGGUUGCAGAGGCUGCUGGGUCUGCGGAAAAGCUCAGAGAAUGAUGAUUUGUGGGCGGAAAGUGAAGGGACCGUGGCUUGUGUCGGUCCCGACGAAAGGGCCGCCAACGCCACCAAGUCCUGGCCGAUUUUCUUGUUCUUUGCUGUCGUUCUCGGGGGACCCUACCUCAUUUGGAAGCUGCUGUCUACCUGUGCCGAGGAUGAAACAGUUUCCAGUAACUGGGCAAGUGGAGAAGACGAUCAUGUUGUCGGGAGAGCAGAAUAUGACUUUAGUGCUGUUUCGGAAGAAGAAAUUUCUUUCCGUGCUGGUGAAAUGCUAAAAUUGGCACCAAAAGAACAACAGCCCAAAAUUCGUGGGUGGCUUUUGGCCAGUCGUGAUGGCCAGACAACAGGACUUGUGCCGGCUAAUUAUAUCCGAAUCCUUGGCAAAAGGAAAGGGACAAAGACCACAGACCUGGAGAAGAUGGCAGAGCAUCAGUCAGCUGUCCCCAAGACCACCUUGGUUCCUGGAGCCACUCCUUCCGACACUCUGGAGGAACAAGAAGCUGCCUUUGAGUCUGUGUUUGUGGAGACUAAUAAUAAAGUUCCCGUCACAUCCGGCUCUGCUGUGCUUGGGGGAGAUAAACAAGACCUUUGAUGGGUUGAGAGAUUAAUGAAAGUGCUCAGCAUGUACUCACCAGUAAUGGUAUAGGGUAGAUGUUCAGUAGCCUAAAGAGGAACAUUUGACAUUGACUGUAUUGGGACAACUUGUUAUUCACACCUGGUAGAGGUGGGAUGUUCUUGGCUUUCAUCCUGUGCUUAGUUCAUUCAAGGUUGGAUUCAGCAUCCCAGAAUCACUGUUAUUAUCUCAGGCAUGGGGUGGUCAGUCGGGAAGGCUUGGCACCUCCUCCCACUCCAUUGAAGGAGCUGUGCAUCAAGGUACUUGAGAGACGCUCUCUGUUUCGAAGUCCUCCCUGGUGACUGAGAAGUCGGUGGUCCCAUGAGAGGUUGUUUUCAGAGUUAAAACGCAUAGAGAUAAUUUUCAGUUAUUAAUACGCUGAACUGACAAGUGGAAGGGUCUGAUUUUUCAGUUUUGGGGUUGAGCUUCUCUUCUUAAACCAAGGUUUACCAGUGGUGGCCCUCCAGUUUGUUUUUGAAUUGGACCACAGCUCCCAUAAUCCCUCCUCACCAGCAAUGCUAGGUCAUGCUGAUGGGAGUUGUUGGCUAAAAUCAUCUGGAGGACCACAGUUCCACACCCUUGUCUUAAACUAUUUAUGUAAGGUGGAAGGAGAAUCUCUGGAUUGCGGAAAUGUCAGGAACCAGGAAAAUCUCUAGGGAGAAAGGUUAAGGCUUCCAGUGGUGUGGUGUUCUGUAUGGAAGGUGUUUUAGAAGUGGCAGCAAAUGAACCUAACUGUAGCCCCCAGAAGAUGUCUACUGCCAUUUCAUUUGGCCUUUGUCCGGCCUGUAUCCCUGCAGUUGAAGCCCCAGGUCAUCUUUGCCUAAACUGGUUGGUGCUUGUUCUUCAGCCAGAAAAGCUACAUUGCUUUUUCCUUCCAGCUCAAGCAUGGUAGACCUUGAACCUGCCAAUUAACAAGUUUGAUCUCACAAUAGUUCAAACUUAACACGCAACCAGAUUUGUGUGAUUAAAGCUGGGCCUGCCACUGUCACACAUGCAGUGUAAGCCUAAGUGAACACUAACGAUUAUAGCUAAAUCUUUUUCAUUUAUUUGUUCCCUCAGAAUGACAAGUGUAAGCUAUUUAGUUUUCCAGUUCACACUCUGUGGAGGAAACCUGAAGCAUUUGGUGUGCUAAGAACAAAGCUCAGUAUUUACUCCUGAGAAAUGAGAUAUACAUACAAAGCCAGACUGCAACCAGUAAAAAUCAUGUUUACUACUAUAUACUAUAUUAUUCUGAAAAGAUGGAUACAAAUCCAAAUAUGUUCUGAAAAGAUUAGUGAUAAGAAAUAAUUUCAGGUUGUAACUUAUUAUUCAUACUCUGAAGCUCUGCAUUGCCUAUAGUUAAAAAUAUUUUGAUUUUCUAUUCUUACAGAAUUACAUAUUCACCUUCUCAGCCCACUGUGAAAUAAAUUAUUUUCUAAAACGAGCCUUCUGACUCAUUUGCAUCUUGGAUUUUCUGAAUCUUAAAUCAAAAUCCUUCUAUAGAGCACCUUUUUUGCAGUUUCACAAGGCACUGAGAAUUAUGAUAACUCAUGGAUUCACUCCCACUUUGUUCUGAGCGAUUGUGUUUGGUGUGGUAAAUUACAGCACAGGUAGCAGUAGUUUGCAAAGCUGGAUCAUACUGAUGAAGAUUGUUUCCAAAACAAGUUUCAUUCAUUCACAGUAUAACUGACUACUAUAUGGAUUAGCUGACUCUGUUUAAUAAUGCGGCAGUAUAACAAUGGCUUCUGAUAAAAAAAGUUACAGUUUUUGUAUAGUGAGUGUGUGCAAGGCUUAGACUGGGAAUAAGAAGCAAAGAUUAGAAUCAUAAGCUUUGAUCACACAUAAACAUCAGACUCUUGAUUGUUCACUUUACUAGGUAUUGAAUGAUCACGGUUGGGUAGAAGGUCUUCAGCUGCAGAGUUGAGCCACAGUAAAUUUAGUUAGGCCCUUUUUUUGUAUGUCUUAACACCUGAGAUUUUGUUUCACUUUUCCAAGUGUGUAUGAAAAAUUCAAGUUGAAGGAGGAGAAUACUGCAAAUUGUCAUUAAUCUCCAAAUCUGUUCAGUUUGUAAAACCUAAAUGUUAUACAGUAGUUUAAUUUUCCUAAUAAUAGGAAACUAGCAGUAGGCCCAAAAGUGUUUGCUUAUGAAUACAUCAAUAUUGGCCAAAAUCCUGUUUGUUGUGUCUAUGAGAAUAACAUGGACAGUGUAACAAAUGGGGGACAGUUGCUGAGGGUUAUGAAAUCAGAGUGGACAUUUUCUGUUGUGUAUCAAGUCGCAUAACUCUUGUGUGCAGUGAUAACGUCCACUCUGCGAAAAGUUACACCAUUCACAUUAACCCAGAAACAGAACGUUGGCCAUUGUUUCAGUGAUUAUUUCAGCCCAAUGCUAAAAAUAUGUACUUGUGUGUCAUCAGAUUUGAUGGGGCUUGCUGCUAAGAAGUAUAUUUGGAUUUUGUAUGUCUUACUUUGAACUUGUUUGACUGUAAUAACGUACCAUAUCUAUGCAUAUCAUACUUUAAAUGAGAUAAGUAUGCAUAGUGACCCUUGACCCUGACUCUUUGACUUUAUACUUGUUUUAGUAGAGUCAUAAUGAAAAUGGUUGUAAUGACUUAGAUGUUACAGAAGGUUUUAACAUGAAGUUGGAUUAACCUGCAUAAAUCUUUUGAAUUCAGUUGAAA